CUUUGAUUGCACCUCACAUGAUACGACUUGAUUCACAACCACUCUACACUAUUUCCAAUGGUGACGAACUGAGCCGUCUCACUGCAUUCAUCUUGCUAGCAGGAAAACGUCAAGACCCGUGGUAGUUUCAAAGGGAAUGAACACGUUAGCAAUGCGUUCUGAUGAUCACGCCGGCGAUCCUGUUGAGACGACCCCGCUCAUCGCAGACCGAUCGGAGCCGAAAGCACGGGGAGGAUGCUGCGGAAAGUUGGGAGACUGGUUUGGCAGCAUCUACUUUUACGUCUACUGCAGUCACACCCUCUCCGCCUGGGGAGAUCGGAUGUGGCAGUUCGCCGUCGGACUCUUCCUGGUCAACCUAACCGGCGACUCCCUUCAGCUAACAGCCAUCUAUGGCUUCUCGUCCGGGGGAUCCGUACUCUUAUUCGGGGCUCUGAUAGGGGACUGGGUGGACAGGAACCCACGGUUACAAGUAGCCAGGACGACCCUAGUCAUCCAAAAUCUGAGCAUCAUAAUCUGCGCGGUGAUCCUUUGUAUGAUGCUGGUCUACCCUGACGCAAUGACGACCGUCUGGGAUGGAUGGCUCAACACGCUCUGCCAGGCCUUGGUCAUCUUCUUCAGCGAUGUGGCCUUCCUCGCGAGCACCGGGAACACUAUUGCCAUUGAGAGGGACUGGGUGGUGGAGAUAUGCGGCAGGGACACCAAGACCCUCACAAAAAUGACGGCCUUCCUCCGUCGCAUCGACCUGACCACGAAUAUCCUGGCGCCAGUCGGGGUGGGUCAGAUCAUGACAUACGGGUCCUUAUUCAUCGGCGCGGUCUUCAUAGCAGCAUGGAACUUCAUAUCAUUCUUUAUUGAGUAUUACCUCUUGUGGAAGGUUUAUCAAUCCGUACCUGCAUUGGCGAUCAAGAAGGAGAAACCCAAAGAUGGAAGGGCCAAGGAAGACAGCGACCGCACAUCCGUGUCAUCAGACGGAGUGACUGAUGUCUAUCCCAAGCGGGACAAGACGUGUCCAGAUAUCUGUGCCAAGAUCUUUGGUUCCUUUAUCACGCUGUACAAAGGUUGGAGGUGCUACAUGGGCCAGAGUGUGAGGUUCGCAGGGGUGGCUCUGUCCUGUCUCUAUAUGACCGUGUUGGGAUUCGACAACAUCACGACAGGUUACGCCUACUCGCAAGGAAUGACCGAGUCAGUCCUGGGCAUCAUGAUGGCUCUGGGGGCGAUCGCCGGGAUCCUGGGGACGUUCAACUUCCAGUUCCUCCGGGGACAGGUGGGACUAGUGCGGACAGGGCUAAUUUCCCUCGUCCUCGAGGUGUCUUGCCUGUCACUCUGCGUGGGUUCAAUUUGGGCGCCGGGUAGUGCAUUUGAUCCCCUCAACCUCAUGAAGACACCGACAUCACUGACAAUCAAUUGCACAGACUAUCGCAACACAACUUUAUUCCACAUUUCACCGCCACAGUCAAACGGGUUGCGAUACCUUUCAAACGACCACACAGACAUGUACGAGUUCACACCACAUGCCAUGGGACCAGUGGUGCUAAAUGAGACACCUGCAAAGAGGACAGGUUUAAAUGCCGUAGGUUUUUCGGAUGGUGCUAAAUUCAGUGCGGCAGGUGUCGUUAAUUAUACAUGCGUCAACACGACGUCCACCCAACUCUCGGAGAGGAACUUUCUGUCGCUUGGCCUGCUGAUGGCGGGGAUAAUUACGGCACGGUUUGGUCUCUGGAGCGCAGAUCUGACCAUCACCCAGCUGAUCAUGGAGUCUGUUAAAGACACAGAGCGAGGAACAGUCAAUGGAGUUCAGAGUUCAAUCAACAUGCUCAUGGACAUGCUCAAAUUCGCCAUGGUCAUUGUGGCGCCAGACCCGCAGCAAUUCGGCAUCCUUAUUCUCAUAUCGUUCGUAUUUAUCAUCGUGGGCAUAUUUUGUUAUACUCUCUACGUGAAACAAGUCAGGGGACACGUGUUCCACUUUGUUGAGUAUUUCAGCAACAUAAGUGAUUAUACAAUGUACCACAGAACACCGGGUUCCCGCGGUUUUGAUGUGUUUUAGUUAUUAUUGAGUGAAAGACAAUAAAGCGAUGUGUCGGUUUCUGAGUGCGUGGGCCGAUUCCGAACGGAACACAACAACAUAAAUUGUUAUUUAAUCACUGCCCUGUGUACUGGACUACAGAUGAAAAAAAAAACAUUGUCAGUGCAUAUACAGUGGAUGCACAGUCAAUACCGAGCGCUCUGGUAAUCCUUGGAUCAAAGUUGCCCAUCUUUGUCAUUCUCCACAGGAGCGAUAAAUUGGCUUCCAGUGCACGUGUAUUGCAUGAACAUGUACACAAAUGUAUGCGGGAAGAAUACUCGCACAAAAUGCCGUAAAUGUGGCGCGCGAUUUACUAAAGAUCUUCGAGUCUGCUGUGAUGUUACCCUGUUUAAUAUUACUAAAGUGAAUAUUCAUUCCCAUUUUGAGCCGAUUCGGGCGAGGUCACUCAGUGCACCGUGUGCUGCCUCUGCUCAGUUUGUUCCAUGAAAAAAAACUGUUGAGGGCUCCAUGGAAGUAAUUCCGAAAUCAAUAAGUCUGCGGUAUGGUUACAGAGUCAAUAGUCUGGGCCUGCAUCACCACGCCAAUGGUGAAGACUGAUGAGUAUGUGACUCUAGGCCGAGAGGGCUAGUUCAUGGAGAUAAUGAAAUACUAUUUUUGUAAAAUUUAUAGUUUUAUUCUGCACCCGAACAUUCAUUUGUGAAACAACAGUGGGACAGGACACCAUUAA